AUGAACCGACCUUGUGAAUCACGAAUUAAGGUAAUUCUGAACGUCGGGCUGAAGAUUCCUCUGAAUGGAUUACCGAAUGAGCAGCUGAAUGAGCAUCUGAAAGAUUAUCUGUACGAGCGUCUGAACAAGCAGCUGAAUGAGCAGCUAACUGAGCAUCUGAAGGAGCAUCUGAAUGAGCAACUAAAUGAGGAUCUGAAUGAGCAGCUAAAUGAGCGUCUGAACGAGCGUCUGAACGAGCGUCUGAAUGAGCAUCUGAAUGAGCAGCUAAAUGAGCAUCUGAAAGAGCAUCUGAACGAGCAGUUAAAUGAGCGUCUGAGUGAGCAUCUGAAUGAGCAGCUAAAUGAGCGUCUGAACGAGCAUAUGAAUGAGCAGCUACAUGAGUGUCUGAACGAGCAUCCGAGUGAGCAGCUAAAUGAGCGUCUGAACGAUCGUCUAAAUGAGCAUCUGAAUGAGCAGCUAAAUGAGUGUCUGAACGAGCAUUCGAAUGAGCAGCUGAAUGAGCGUCUGAACGAGCAUCUGAAUGAGCAGCUAAAUAAGCGUCUGAAUGAGCAUCUGAAUGAGCAUCUGAAUGAGCAGCUAAAUGAGCGUCUGAACGAGCGUCUGAAUGAGCAUCUGAAUGAGCAGCUAAAUAAGCGUCUGAAAGAGCAUCUGAAUGAGCAGUUAAAUGAGCGUCUGAGUGAGCAUCUGAAUGAGCAGCUAAAUGAGCGUCUGAACGAGCAUAUGAAUGAGCAGUUAAAUGAGUGUCUGAACGAGCAUCCGAGUGAGCAGCUAAAUGAGCGUCUGAACGAUCGUCUAAAUGAGCAUCUGAAUGAGCAGCUAAAUAAGCGUCUGAAUGAGCAUCUGAAUGAGCAUCUGAAUGAGCAGCUAAAUGAGCGUCUGAACGAGCGUCUGAAUGAGCAUCUGAAUGAGCAGCUAAAUAAGCGUCUGAAAGAGCAUAUGAAUGAGCAGCUAAAUGAGCGUCUGAACGAGCAUCUGAAUGAGCAGCUAAAUAAGCGUCUGAAUGAGCAUCUGAAUGAGCAUCUGAAUGAGCAUCUGAAUGAGCAACUAAAUGAGCGUCUGAACUGUUUUUUAAACGAUUUUCUGGAGGAUCUUCCACUAUUUUUCUAG